UUCAUGGAGACUGAAGCGAGCACUUAUCUCAUCAGACCGAAACACAAGUUCAAGGCAGGGGUGGCAAAAGAGUUUAUGAGAGAAAUCCUAAGAGAAGGGCUUACUGGAGUCCAGUAUAAUCCAGAUGAGAUUCCCACACUGACAAGAUCUUUAGCAGAAUCUAUCAAAAAGAAACUCAAAGGUGUGGGCUUUGAAAGAUACAAGAUCAUUGUGCAGGUGGUUAUUGGAGAGCAACGUGGAGAGGGUGUCAAGAUGGCUGCACGCUGUUUGUGGGAUGCAGACACAGACAGCUAUGCUCAAGAGAUAUACAUGAAUGACAGCUUGUUUUGUGUGGCGGUUGCUUUUGGUGUCUAUUAUUACUGAAGCCCAGAACACCCUAAAACCAAAUACAUGUAGUUUAUUUAUUUUUUUAGGUAGUAUUUAUGUGAUGUCUAUUUAGACCUAUAUGCUUAUAUUCCUGAAUAGCCACAAGCAUAUGCACAAGUUUAUAAUAUAUAUGCAAAUUUGCCACAAUGAACUGCAUUUGCCUGUUAAUUUUGAAAUGUAACUUACUCUUAAAUAUGUAUAAUAAAUGUUUGUACAUUUUGACUUAAAUGUUAUUGUCAAUACUCCAAGUCUGAAUGUUUGGAAAAAAAGACAGU